AUGGAUAUAAUGAAGAGCUAGGCUUGGCUUUCGAAUAUAGUGGCAACCAACAUUACCAAAUCGUCCCUUUUUUUCACCCGCAAGGGCAGAUGAAUCUAGAUGCACAAAUCUGGCGUGAUUGGGAAAAGAGAGCGUUAUGUUAUCGGGAAGGA